AUGUUGGGUUGCAUACUUCUCACUUUUAUACAUGUAUUGUUUUGGCAACCAGGUCAUUGCCAGGAUGUGACUCAGCUGCCUAAAAUCAUCUGGAAGUCCGCGGCCGAGUCUGCAGAAAUGAACUGCAGCCACACCAGAGACAAAGGUCACAACCAGAUGUACUGGUACCGACAGCGACCGGGGGAGACCAUGACCCUCGUUGUGUACACGGUGUACGGUGGGAAGCCAGACUACGGAGAGAACCUGCAGAGCAAAUACUCAGCAGUCAAAGACACCAUAGAGACCGGAGCUCUGACUGUGAAGGACCUGCAGCCUGAUGACAGUGGCGUUUAUUUCUGUGCCGUCAGCAAACACAGUGAUGUGAGGAAACACAACAGCUGA